CUAUGUCUCGUUGUUACCUUCAAGAUGGCUACUGUUUUGAGAAAACUCUGCCGACUACAAGGCUAGGCAUAUCGUCAAGCUUUCAACCAUGCCUGGCCUCGUAGCCUUUAACAGGCGAUGGGGUAUAGGCAGUGAUGACCUUGUCUUCCCCAUCAUAAUAGAAAACUGUUUCAGAUUUGCCUGGUUGAUUGCAAUAUCUGUGGUCUUCCAUGUGAACAAAGAUGCUUUUGACUGCAGCAGUGGACAUCUACUCCGCAUCUACUUCAUUGGGGUAAUAACUAUCCUAGUAACCAGUUCCGUCAUGAACAUAAUUAUAAUCCACACAAGCAUGAAGGGAACAAUCACCAAUGUAAAGCCUCGUCGUGGUAUUCCCAUCAUGCUGUACUUCAAGUUGGGACUCCUGGUACCCGAAACAGUCUGGGUGGUGCUGGGCACGUAUUGGGCAUUUGGCAAAUCCUAUGAGUGUGACCCAGCAGUGGUGUGGACCGUGAAAGGGGCAGUGCUGUUUGCCUGGGUCGCCGGCUUCUUCAUGCUGGUUGGAAUCCUCCUGGUAUUUGAUCCUGUUGGAACACAGAAACAGAAGAACAGGAUUGCACGGAGGAUGACCCAUGGAUCAGAGAUGCGGCUGUCAGAUUCUGUAGAUACAGCCAGCAAAGUGUGGGAAAUGAGAUGUCGCCUGUUGUGCUGUUGUGUGGCCUUUAAGCAGGACAACCGAGAUGCUUUUACCGAUGUCUCCAAACUGGUGGCAGAUUUCUUCCAGGACGUGGACCUGGUUCCGACCGACAUAGCGGCAGGCCUCAUCCUGAUUCAGCACCAGCAGAUGUGUCGGGGGCGGGAACUCAUGUCCGUCAGGGUGGAGGGGACAGCUGGGCAGUCCCAGCCAGAUGGACCUCGGCCGGCCAUUAGUGUCAUGUCAUCUGCAAAUUGUCCCGUGCCGGAAAGCUGGAUGACAGUCAAGAUGAUGUCUCACUUCAUGCGCUAUGCCCUUGGGAGCUACGGCUGGCCCUUCUAUUUGUACACCAAUCUGCUCACGGGACUCUGCAAGCUGGCCACCAAGUGCAACCCAACUUCUAGUCAUAUAAAAAUGCCUCGUUUCCUGAGAUCGUUUAUGAAUCGAUUUCAGAAAAAGUCUUAUUCCCCAUUGCACACUGGGAAUCCCAAUAUUUAUAAACAUGGUCGAUGGUACGAGGUUUUAGAUGACGAUGAAGAUGAUACCCGACUUCAAUCAUUUCAGUGCUGUGCAUGUAUGCGGUCCAGUGAGAAUGUAAGUUUCGACAAUGCCUGUGAGUGCCACACAGCUGCCAUAAAGAAGGUGACAGGAAUCAGUGACCAGGAUCUCGUCUAUGUCAGCUUCCACAACAAGUUCAAGGAGAUCCCCUUCUACGUGGCAGUAGAUCGAGAACACAAGAGUGUAGUUAUCAGCAUCAGAGGCACUCUCUCUCUAGAGGAUGCUCUUGUGGACCUGUCAGCAGAGGGUAUGCCAAUAGACAUUGAAGGUGUGGAGAACGCGUAUGUCCACGGAGCCAUGCUGGACUGUGCUAACUACAUCAAGGACAGGCUCGACACCCUACAGCUACUGACCAAGGCCUUUGACUUGCUGCCGGGGUGCAGCAGGCUGGUCAUUGUAGGGCACAGUCUUGGAGCAGGAGUGGCGGCCAUCUUGUCCAUCCUGCUGAAACCCCGGCAUGGAGACCUCAUCUGCUUCGCCUACUCACCACCAGGGGGACUCAUGAGCCCAUCAGUAAGUGCCCACGUCCAGAGCUACGUGUGCUCGGUGGUAGUUGGCAAGGACCUGGUGCCCCGGCUGGGAUUGCCCACCAUGAAUGAUCUCAAGACGAAGAUCAUGCAGGCCCUGGAUGAAUGCAAACUCCCCAAGCACCGGAUCCUGGCCAAGGGAUGUUUGCGGAUUGCAUGUGGAUGUUUCACCAGCGCUGAGGGUGAUGCGGAGACGGCGGGGAGGGAGGAGCCCCUGCUGGACAGCGGGUCUGGGGCUCGCUACUCCAUCAAUGCAGCGGAGGAUGCGGCACCCCAGCAUCGGAAGAAACUGAAGCAAGCAUUACGAGAAGCAGUGAUCCAGAGCAGCACAGAGACUGAAUGGUUGAUGACUCCCCCAGGGCAGAUCUUGCACAUCGAGGAGGCAGAGGAAGGGGGACUGUGUGGCGGGACCCCGGACUACUGCGCUUCAUGGGUUGCCCCUGACAGCUUCAAUGAAAUCCUCAUCAGCCCCAGCAUGGUGCUGGAUCACUUCCCGGACGUGGUGCAGGAUGCACUGCAGCAGCUGCAUGACAGGACCUAUGUUCCCCAGGCUCAACCGGCGCGACCCUCUGAUGCCACGGCAUGAUGCACUGCAGCAGCUGCAUGACAGGACCUAUGUUCCUCAGGCUCAACCGGCGCGACCCUCCAAAGCCACGGCAUGAUCUCUCCCACCACUGGAUGCCAUAAUGUUAUACUUGCUCAAUAAGAACCCCCCAACCUGUACUCACACAGAGUUAUGCAUGCACCUUUAUCAGGCAACAUAUGAAGUCUUAAAUGGUUUUGGGAGGCACGGGUGGCCCAGUCGUCUAAGGCGCCGCGAUUCGCUGUGCAGAGUCGCGUCCCUUUGGCAUGCCAGAAACCUAUGAUUGUGGGUUCGAAUCCCGGUUCGCCCCGAUUAUGUUUCUAGGUUUGUCAGCACCAUACCCGUGCUCGUGGGUUUCACCGAAGUGGUAAACGUCUGAGACCUGCAUCACUUCGGGCUUUCCUCCCACAUUAAGCUGACACGCCGUGAUAUAACUGGAAUACUGUUAAAAGCGGCGUUAAACCCAACUCACUCACACUUAAAUGGUUUUGACCCCUGAAGACCAUGUUAGAAUAUGAGUUCAGCAACCCAUGCUUGCCAUAAAGGCGACUAUGAUUCUCGUAAGAGGCGACUAAUAGGAUCGGUUGGUCAGGCUCUCGAUGCUCAUUAUGAUCACUGGAUUUUCUGGUCCAGAUUCUAUUAUUUACAGACCGCUGUUUUAUGGCUAGAAUAUUGCUGAGAGCAGCGUUAAACAACAAACAAACAAACUUAAAUGGUUUUGUUGGCUUUACUUUGUUACAAAAUAAUAUCUGUUUGUUAGGGCUCACCUUUGGGGGCAUUGUGUCCUUUACAAUAGUAUUGUAUUUGCUGAAAUACUUGUGCUAUACAAGGGCAUCAUGAUUCACCGAGGUAUCGGCUGCCAAUUUACACCUGACAAUUUGAUACAUGGUAGAUAGUAUUAGAUACCCUUUCCCAUUGAUCGAUUCAUGUUCCGCUUCUGUAUCAAUUUAAAAAAAUGAAUAUAUGAAAUAAUAUUUAUAACCAAGCCUGGUAACUAUGCAGGCUAAUGUUAUCUUACUGUCUGUCACAAAUCAACAUGCUCAUUCCAAUGGCUAUUAGUUAACGCAAAUUGGUUGAAAGCAACAACCUUAUGUUAGCCAUGACAUUUAAAACAUGAAGAAGUAUUGCAAUAUGCAUCGUAUCAUAACUCAAAUAUCAUAUGUAUCGAUACAUAGACCCGUAUCAUGCCACUGUUAUGUUAUGUUGUUGCAAUUGUAAUGUUCUCUUAUACCCUCCCUCAAUACAGAUUUCUUGACUUUGUUGUGAUGGGAAAAUGUUAUCUAAAAGUUAUGAACAAAAUAAAGCAUUGACUGAAAUUCAAGGCAGUUUAAUAUUCUAAAUGACCCAAAGUAAUUUUAGCACAUUUCAAAGUUUAACAUGUUCAAGAAAAUGUUUCUAGUCACAAGACUAGUUUUAGCCAGCUCUACAUAGUGUUCAAAUGGAGUGUUGCAGCACUGGUGGAUUAACACCUGAUGGUGACUUACUCUGUAUGAGUGAUGAGUGUUCCAGUUUAAGGUGUUAUUGUGUCCAGACGUUUUGCUUCUAUGAUUCUUUAGUUCCAGAAAGUUUAUUGAAAGUCGAAAGUUCGCUAGUUUUCCCCUUGUGUUUACAAUCAUGGGUUCUUACCGAACUCAUGUAUGCAUGUCUCCACUUCACUGCCCAUCCAAACAUUCUUGUCCACUUACGACAAGCUCGUGCUAUUUCACACAAUCAAUACUUUUUUUUAUUUUAGUGCUGUUUUUGUAUGAUGAGGUCUUUAUCUGUUAUAGUGCUGUUUCACAUGCAAUAAUAGAAUGUUUGUAUGACAUUGCAUGACUUUGAAGUCAGGGUUUUGUAAAUGUAUUAAAAGCCUAAUGCCAAAAUAUACACCAUUAGUAUUAUCAUAACUUAUCUGCAUUUAGAUGUUUUAUAUGUAGCUUGUAAUUUCCUGCCAAAGUAUUUACAAAUUGUAAACUAGUUUGUGUCAUCAGAUCAAAUCGCUUGGGUCAGAGUGGUGCCGUCAGGGAGCUGUAUAUGUUAAACAUGUUUUGUUCAUUGUUUGGUCAAGACACUGCACCUUAAGUAGUUGCUCUAAGAAAAUACAUUUUUUUUAAAGAACAUGUUACAAAUUAAGAGGUAAAUGAUUGCUUACAAUCCCGAAUGAAUUAUUGUCAUGUCCGCUUCAUAUUCUAGGGGUCAGAGGCCUUUUAAGACAUUUUACCACCGAAAGACAGGCUUCUUUUUGUUCUGUUUUGUUCUGUUUUCCAGACAUAUGUUUGAUGAAAAUUGUCAGAAUUUAUGCAACUUUUGUGAUAUAUUGUGUUCAUGGUAGAUAGUGAUUUGUUAUAGACUGACAUACACCUUGAAAUAGUUUGAAGAAUUGUCAGUAUUUUCUAAUUCUAUCUAUGCAAAGUGUAACCUUGUUUUGAUUGUUGUUUGUUACAGACUGUAUGCUUCUUGUCUCAUUCUUGAUUCUGUCACCUAGACAUUAGAAGCCACAAGUGUCUGUACUGAGCAAUUUGGUCACAUCUGGUGCAUGGUGUUUGUCAUCUUGUAUCAUCUCCACAGUACAUCCGUCUCAAUCUUCCAAUGCUUCAUACAGAAAUGUCAGUAUGACAUUCAAGGGACUAAACUAAGUGUUUUUGGUACCGAGACUUAUUCCCUUGUUUGUCUUCUGAGUUAGUUCCUGGCCACAGCCAUCCUGGGGUGUUUCAAUACAUUCCAAUUAUCGAAUACACUGAAAAUAUUCAGCAAUGAAACACAAGAUUGAUGUUGCUGGUUGGUUACCGAUAAGGUGUCAAAGUAGAUGCACAUUAGGUCAAGUAAGAUGCUUGUUGGUCAGCGGUUGUAAACUGAUUCAAAUUCACAAUAUUUGUUAGAAAUUAACGAGUUUGCAAGAUAUUUGCAGACAUUAAUUACUUUUCAAGGUUUGUAUUGUUGUAUUUAAUUAGUUACCAGUUAUCAGAUGUUAAUAGAGCUGUAUGUGGAACAGAGACCAUCUUCACGUUUACCACUACUUCUUGGUGCCACCUGUCAGUGCUCAUCAUCCAUUAGAACCCGGAGGGUGCUGCAGGAUGCUGUCUACGAUAUUAUAGGGGAGAAACAAAACAUGAAUGUCUGUGCCUUGUAUUGGUCUAUUGGUCAUUUAUUUAUAAUGGAAGUAUAUAUUUGAUACCUGAUGGUAAUGUGUAUGAGUCUAUCACUUUCUACAGCUUCUUGUUUGUAGGUAUAUCAGCAAACGGUUCUACAAUUACAACAGUGCUUGUUAAUGUUAUCCUCCCAGCCCAUCCCCUGUCAUCUCCCUCACACAUUAUUUAUUGGGAAUUUGGGAUGUUCAAAUUCAGUCAUUCUUUGAAAGAAAUGUGGCAAAUUGUGUCCCUUCCCGUUUCCAGAACUAACAAUAUAAUUAGCCUUAAGUGAACCUUUUGAAUGUUUAAGGUCAAUUUGACGCUGUCAAGAUCACAUUUCAAAUUGUAAAGACAUUCAACAUACACAUUAGAAUGAUAUUAAUUCUUUGUGGAACCAGUUUGGAAAUGAGUUCAUCUAUAAAACUAUUUUAUGUGAAAUGUCAUAAAACUUGCAAUACACAUUUAGCUCACCUGCACGUCACCAUAUACCAAGUCAUUUUGUUUCAUGAUAAUUUUAUAUUAUGGUAUGUUGAUAUAUACGAUGAUCAUACCCUGAGAUUUACAAGGAUUAAAUUUGAGAUGAAUACAUUCAUUAUUCCUGCUUUACAUUCUUAUGAGGUACCACCCCUUUAGGAAUAUAGACUACCAUAAACAUCGUAGCAUAAACUUAUCAGAUUUUCUGGUUUAUUCUUUCAUAUAGACUUGCUGCACCCAAGUUUUAUAUAUCAGGAUAUUCUGAAUUUAAGGAAAUAGAUGAAACACAUUGAUGUUCUGUGUUGUCGCCUGAACAUCACAAAAUUCCCAACAAAUAGAUUUAGUGUUACCAUGGUUAUCAAUAAGUGUAGUCCUGCUUGCCCAUAUGUUAAUGGCUUCUUUUUUAAUUAAGGAUCACUUUGUGGGCAUGAACAAUUCUGGCAUGACUGUGUGGCAACAUUUGUUUUAUCCUAUUGUGUCUUUCAUUUGAUAAUAAAUAUAUAUUUUAUAA